AUGGUCUACCUCUUGUCCUCGCUGGGCAUUGCGACGGCCUUGAUUGCAGGGCUGUGGUUCGUGCGACGGAGCAGCCCACCCCCAGCACGUCCUCUGCCGCAAAACCCCCUGAGACCAAACCCAGUGGUAGAAAAGCUCACCACAGCACUACCGGAUAUUUUAGUAUUGCGUUACGAUACAGACGCCUUCCGCCAGUCCAUCGACGGCUACUGGGCGCAGCAAGAACGCGAAGUAGCGCAAGCGGCUAUCAUCCAGCCGCGUAAUGCUAGCGAGCUGAGCAAGGUCAUAGCUUUCCUUAAAAAGGAGUAUGAUACGCGAUGCGUGCACAAAGAGAAGUUUGAUGAUGUGUUGUUUGCUAUAAGAGGUGGUGGUCAGUCUCCGGUUGCUGGUAGCGCAAGUGCUAAUGGGGGCAUAUUGAUUGAUCUUUCUCUAUUUCGUGAGAUCACGGUUGCGGAGAAGAGACAAUCAGUCGCCAUUGGAGCUGGAUGCCGGUGGAUUGAUGUCUCACGAAUCCUGGAUGAAAAUGGUUUGAGCGUGGUAGGAGGCAGAAGCUCUGAGGUUGGAGUGGCGGGUUUCACGUUGGGGGGAGGUAUCUCUUUUUUUACACCUCAAUUCGGUCUGGGAUGCUCGAAUGUGCUGGCAUAUGAAGUCGUUCUCGCCUCUGGAGAGAUAAUUACGGCUACUGCUUCGUCCCAUUCCGAUCUUUGGCGGGCUCUAAAAGGCGGCUCAAACAAUUUCUGCGUCGUCACACGCUUUAUAGUACGCUGCUUCUCGUCCACUGAUAUAUGGUUUGGGUCUCUGUAUGCCCCAAGCUCUCAGUCCCCAAAGGCACUACUUGCCGUCCACGAGGGUGCCAAACGUGCUGAUCCGAAGAUCAGUGGGGCGGAUAUCGAUCUUUUUGCCGCGGGAGCCAUUACCUGUUUUACCUAUGUCCAAGGAUUAGGAAUUCGAGUGGUCACGGCUUAUCUAGCCUACACCAAGCUACCAGAACAACCUGGGCAAUGGCCAGUCUACUGGAAGAAGUCAGGAUUCGCAAAGCUCUGGCGCGUCUGGAGCUCUUUCAAAGUCCACACUCUGACUUCUGCGACGAGCGAACUGAACAGCCUUUCUCCACCUGGCAAAAGAUGGCAUUUUGAUACGACAACCAUCAAGAAUGACUUGCCCACUAUUAUGGCUGCCCACGCCGUCUUCGAAAACUCUAUUGCCUCACUGCCCAAAAUAAAAGGUUUCUACUAUACAAUUAACAUGCAACCGCUUCUGCCCUCCUGGGUUGAAAAGGGUGACCCAAGUCCGCUUGGCAUUGCCGAGAGCACCAGCGACGCACUCAUCAUCAUUAGUUUUUCGUUACGUUGGGACCGAGCAGAGGAUGACAGCCCGGUAUUCAAUACGACACGAGGGGUCAUCGAGCAAAUUGAUGCAGUUGCCACGGAAAAAGGAACAAGUCAUCCCUAUCGCUAUCUGAAUUAUUGUGCCAAAUGGCAACGGCCAAUGGAAGGGUACGGAGAGAAAAAUCUCAACUUUCUGAGGGAUGUUAGCAAGACAUAUGAUCCAGACGGACUUUUCCAGAGAGGCUGUCAAGGGGGUUUCAAGCUAGAGUCGCGCGUGUAG